CUUGGCACCGGCAGGGAGACUCUCACUCAGGUGAGUUUUCAGGGGCAUCACCUCUAUCCCCACAAGCCAUACCCAUCACUCCCAGUAGCUCCAGACCUGCCAUGUGGAAGGAGACAGUGAGUGCUAAAUGGAGGUAUGUGGGAGGAUCUGAGGGCAAAGAGUAGGUGUUCAGUAAAUGGUUUUGGAGAAAAGGAAGAGAGGGAAGGUGGGAGGGAGAAGGUGACCAAGUAACUGAGUGCUUAAGUGGAUUGCCAGGCGGAGGGAUGGACAUGUCAGUGAAUGAGCUAGUGAACGAAUGGAGAAAGGGAUGGUUGGGGGAGUGAGUGACUGGAAGGUCGCUCUGGGUGUUACAGCUAAAGGGGGAGCCAAAAGCUCUUUAAUCACCAACGUGCCCAUUUGACAGAUGAGAAGACUGAGAGAGGGCUGAGGAGAAAAGAAGCUGCUGGGUCUGUGGGAAUGGCUUUUGACCAGCAGCCUCUGGUUCUCCCCCCCACCUCUCUACCCCCCUCAUCACCGUCUUUCCUCUGCUGGGGUGGGGAGGGUUCCAGGAAGGAGACAUUUUCUCCGCCUCUUUGCUCCUCUAGGCCCCAGUUUCCGCCAGGCCUUGGUGUUGGGGAUGGUAGGGAGGGGGUGGCCCCCGCAGGGGCUAUUUCAGUCGGAGACAGCCCUGCCAGGAAACAGAGGAAGCCACCCGCCCCCUCGGAGGUGUUGCAGCCUGGGCUGCGGCAGGAGAGCGGAGAGCGGAGAGCCUCGCGUCUGGCCCUCCCUUGCGCUAACGCCCUUGAGGCCACCAAGGCGCUUCGGGGACAGGAGGCUGCCUGUCCAUUGGAUUUAAGUUGUGAAUUCUCUCUGGACACCAGUAAAUGUGGACAUGCUGGUUGGGAAAUAAGAAGAUUGCAGCCAAAAGAAGGACCAUGGUUUUGGAAGGUGGAGUCCAGCCUGAGGAGCCUCUCUGGAUGUAGGAAGCAUAAUCGGGCAGCCAUGGAGUGGGGCAAUGGUACACGCCAGGCCCUGGGCUCCCCGCCCACUACCUGCGUCUACCGAGAGAACUUCAAGAGACUGCUCCUGCCACCUGUGUACUCAGUGGUGCUGGUGGCUGGCCUGCCACUGAAUGCCUGCGUCAUUGCCCAGAUUUGCACGUCCCGCCGGGCCCUGACCCGCACAGCUGUGUACACCCUGAACCUGGCCCUGGCUGACCUGCUCUAUGCCUGCUCCCUGCCCCUGCUCAUCUACAACUAUGCCCAAGGCGACCACUGGCCCUUUGGCGACCUCGCCUGCCGCCUGGUGCGCUUCCUCUUUUACGCCAACCUACACGGCAGCAUCCUCUUCCUCACCUGCAUCAGUUUCCAGCGCUACCUGGGCAUCUGCUACCCUCUGGCCCCCUGGCACAAGCGUGGGGGCCGCCGCACCGCCUGGCUGGUGUGCGGGGCCGUGUGGCUGGCCGUGACGACCCAGUGCCUGCCCACAGCCCUCUUUGCUGCCACAGGCAUCCAGCGUAACCGCACCGUCUGCUACGAUCUGAGCCCACCCGCCCUGGCCACCCGCUAUCUGCCCUAUGGCAUGGCCCUCACCGUCAUCGGCUUUCUGCUGCCCUUUAUCGCCCUGCUGGCCUGCUACUGCCGCCUGGCCCAUCGUCUCUGUCGCCAGGAUGGCCCCGUAGGGCCGGUGGCCCGGGAACGGCGUGGCAAGGCGGCCCGCAUGGCUCUGGUGGUGGCAGCCGCCUUUGCCAUCAGCUUCCUGCCCUUCCAUGUCACCAAGACAGCCUACCUGGCAGUGCGCUCCACAGCCGGUGUCCCCUGCACUGUGCUGGAGGCCUUUGCGGCUGCCUACAAGGGCACGCGGCCCUUUGCCAGUGCCAACAGCGUGCUGGAUCCCAUUCUCUUCUACUUCACUCAGAAGAAGUUCCGCCAGCGGCCCCAGGAGCUGCUACAGAAGCUCACGGCCAAGUGGCAGCGACAGGGUCACUGACUCCACUGGGGCAGGACACCUGGGGCCAGGUCACGGGAAACCCCUCCAACCCCAAACCAUGCAGAGAGUUAGAGCUUAGCUCAGCUGGGCAUGGAAUGAGGUCCCCCACAGACUCCAGAAUCUCACCAAUGACUAUUUAUUGAGCCCUUGCUCUGGACCCAGCCCUGUGGACACAGAGAGACAGGCUUGGACCUGGCCCUCCAGAAGGUGCCAGUCAGCCCUGGAGUCAGGGAAGCCAUGUGAAGCUGCUCACAAAAAUAUAGUAUGGCAUGUACUGUAACUGAGGAGUGUGCUGUAUGCUUUGGAGUCACCAAUCCAGGGACUGGGGGAAGAUGGGAGGAAGAAGUGAGAGCUUCUGGAAAGGAGCAUUUGAGCUGGAUUUUGAGGGGAUGAAUACGAGCUCUCUGGAGGUGUGCGAUGUUCCAUUCAUUCAGCAAACCUUUACCUACACCUUAUCCUUGGGCCUGGGUUGAUUCUGGGGCCCUGGGAGAACUGGUCCUAGCCCUGCCCCAUAUAGGCUCCCAACUACUGGACAUAUAGAUGCUUGACACAGUGAUAUCAAGGCUGUGACAGAGAGAAGCAUGGUUCAGGGGGUGGGGGGUAGGGAGGGAGGGGUAAAUAGAGGAUGCCCAUGAUCCAGUUCGAGGAGUCAGGAAAGAUCUCCUGGGAUGGAGAUGGGCGGCAUCUGAACCAGGUGUUGAAGGCUGAGUGGGAGGUCGGCCAAUAGAAGUGGGAGCAUGUUCCUACAGCCUGGGCCAGCCCUGUGCUAGGCUCUGCCCUGGGGCAGAUGGGUAGAGAGAGCUGGGGUGGGGGGCAGGCAUAUGGCCUCCUGUGUGUGAAAGUUGAGAAAACAAGAGCUGUCCCAUAGCCACCCUCCAGACAAUGGCAAGAGUGGCUCAGAUGUUCCAGGCUGUGGGGGCUCAGCAGAGGGAGGAAUCAAGGAGUGCUUCUUCGAAGAGGUGGAGCUUGACCUGGGGAGGAAUCCAAAAGGCAGAGAGAAGAAGGCUGCUCCUGAUGGAAGGCACUGUGUGUGUAUAAAACCCAAAGGUAGAGAUGUGCUGAAUCUGGCCGUAAAUCAACAGUGAGUUUCAGUUAAGCCCAGGAGGGGGUGAUGUGGGUGGGACCAGAGCACUGAACUCCAGGAAAAGACCCAGACCCUACCUCUUCUCCACCUACCUCUUCAAAUGUGCCUCUUUCAGCCUCAGGGUCUCCUGGGAGUCUGAGGACCCCUCCACCAGGACCCCCAAGUGAGGGGAAAUAGCCCUUCAACCCUGCUUCAUUCUAGAAGUCAACAGCUUGAAGAGAUGCAGGGCCACCAGGAGGCUGCAACAUAGAGAUGCAGAGGUCCCGUGGCCAGGAGCCUGCCAACCAGUCUCAAGACAGACUGUUCCAUGGGUUCUGCUCCCGCCCUCCCAGCUCCAUCAUUCUGGCCUGUGGGUGCCUGGAAGCUGCUGGAGGCCAUCUCAUGGAGGCAUCUCAAACAAAGACUUGAGCCUUCAAAAGCUUUGGAAAGGCAUCUUCACUGAAGAUCUCUGAGGAGGCAGCGAAGGGGAUUCCACCACAUAAGGCCUCUUUACCUGUUCUUCCCACCCACCCCUCUUUUCAGCCCCACCUGUACAGCUCCUCCUCCUCUCUGCAACUUUUCCUCAUAUCUCCACCACCCCGCCCACCCCAUCCACCAUCACUUCUCCUCCAGUCCCUGUUCCCUCCUCCCAGAUCUCAGCUUUCCUCCUAUAGAACAAUCUAGCCUGCCCUUGGCUGCUGGUGUACCACUCAGACCCUGCACACAAACCAGCCAUGACAAAAAAAUUUACCUUCUCAGAAGGUAGAGGGGAGAGAGAGCAGAGGAAGGACUGCAUAACUUAGUAUUUUGCUUUUAGCCUUGUCUCAUCUCCAAGGCUGUUGGGCCAUGGGGCCCUUCAGAGAAGGACUCCGCCGGAGUUAAACUCCAUAGUCAUGUCAGAGAAGUGCUUGCAGCUGGCUGAGGAAGGGGGCAAACCAGGCCCAACCCACCUUGGGAAUCCAUCAAAAUGCCCUUCUGAAGAGGCUGAUAAUUUGGACAGAAGGAACUUUGAUUCUUUGGGUCACAGUGAAAAGAUGUGAGGAAGUGUCAGAAGAGGUCUAUUCCCUAUACAAUGCGAUGUCAUGCCAAGUAGUACAGAUGUUAGCUACCCUGUGUCUUGUUCCGAGUCUGAGACCAGACUGGUCAGCUGCCUGUCACGGGGGAGUAGGGGAAUGGGCGAGCAGAAGGCAGAGGGCCUCGCCCACAGUGCUGGCUGAGCCCCGUGGAGAGUCGCAGAUAACCAUCCUAGCAGACUGCCAAGAACUGUGACCCUUUGGUCACUUUUCCAAGAGUGGGAAUUGUGGGCCACAGGUAAAUUGCAUUCCCAGCUUCCCUUUGUGAGGCAGAAUAGCAUAAAGGGUAAAGACUCCAGAGCCAGGUCACCUUGGUGUUUAUCUUGGCUCUACCACUUAGUAGCUGUCUUACUCUGGGCAAGUUAUUUAGCCCCUUUGUACCUUAACUUCCCUAGCUGUAAAAUGGGAAUAGUAAAUCUUGUAAAGUAGUUGUGAGGAUUAAUAUGUGCAAAGAACUUAGAAUAAUGCCUGGAACAUAGUAAGCAUGCAAUGCAUGGUACUGUCAUAAUGAUUUUGCCUUUUGUGCACCCAAGUUCCUCCAGAGUCUCUCUCUAGGAAUUGGCCUAGGAGGUUUCUAAACAAGGGGCUUUGAGCAGAGGAUUUUUCCUUUUCCUUCACAUGGGAGGCAGCUGGUCUUUUAAGAAAAAACAAAAACAAAAACAAACUCAGCACACUUUUUUCAGAACAAGGCCCAUAAUCCAUGAGCCCCAGCUGUUCCUGUAAGAAGGAAAAGUCAUUUAUUACAUGCCAGUAUGAGGGACUUCAAGUGCCAUUUGGGAAGCUUGAAUUGCCCCUUCCUUUCCCCUCCUUUUGUCCCCACCCCCCACUCUCUCUCCUCACUUUAACCCAGAGCACACUCCGUGGUGGGGGAUCACACUGGGGAUGCCUGCUUGCUGGGGUGGAGACAGAGGGGAUAUAGACCGAGGUGUGGAGGUAGAGCGUGGUGAGGGGUCGGGGGAGCACAUGGGUUCACAGGGGUCCAAGGUUAUUCUCAAGGCUUGGGGAAGACUUCCUGGGGGGUAGAGUGGUGCAGCUGGGGCUUGAAGAGUGGAUGUAAUUAGACUGAAGAUGAGAGGGUCAUGUUGUUCCUGGUGCGGGGAACAGCACAGCCCAAGGCAUGGAGGCUGUUGGAGGAUGGAUAGGAGGGUUGUGGCCUAAGACCAGGCUGGAGAGUUGGCAGGGCUAGAGAGGCAAAGGCUUGGUGCCAGCCCAGGAAAGCACCAGGGAGCCACGACAAUGACAGCAGUGGCCAUUUGCUGGGCUCUGCAGGUUCUAGGCAUCAUACAGUGUGCUGUAUACACAUUUUCUCAUUUAAUCCUUACAAUACCUCCAAUUACAGAUGGGGAAACAGGCCCGGAUGUGGGAAUUGAUGUGUCAAGGUCACACAGCCUUUCUCUAACCCAGAUAGUAGGUGCCCCCCUCCACCUCUCCCAUCCUCCCACCCUUUCCUUUCCUUUCUUCACUUGCCUUCCAAGUGCCCACCUGCCUCAGCCAGUCCCAGUAACUGGGGACCCCUUAGGAAGUUAUGACAGAGACAGCUAAGUGCCAACCACAAUAUCAACUCUCUUUUAAUUGGGCACGUGGUCUCCUAGGAUGAAAACUUCAUUUCCCAGCCUUACUCGCAGCUAAAUAUGACCACGUAACUUAAUCUUGGGUAAUGGAAGAUAAGCAAAGUGCCCUAAGGCAAUUUAAUAUGGGGAGGGGGUGAAUGUCUGUAAAAGAGAGAUAGUGUCUGUCCUUUGCCUCCCCUCCUUUCUUUCUGCUUACAAUGGGGACAUGACAGCUGGAGCACCAUCUUGGACCGUGAGAAACAGCUUGGGUUUCUGACCAUUCCAGUUUGGGACCACCUAAAUCUGGACUUUUGCACAAGAGAGAAAUAAAUGUCUAUCUUUUCUUUUUUUUAAAAGAUUUAUUUGAGAAAGAGAAUGAGAUAGAGAGCAUGAGAUAUAGAGAGAGCAUGAGAGAGGGGAGGGUCAGAGGGAGAAGCAGACUCCCUGCUGAGCAGGGAGCCUGAUGCGGGACUGGGACUCCAGGAUCAUGACCUGAGCCAAAGGCAGUCGUUGCCCAACCAACUGAGCCACUCAGGCGCCCCAAAUGUCUAUCUUUUCUAAGUCACAAGUUUUUCGGGCUCUUGUUAGCCAUAGCCAAAUGAAUCCCUUUACUCGGAUUCUAUCCUAAGGUGGUAGACCUAGGCGGAGGCUAGGCAGUGUCCUGGACUGGGGUGGGGGCCAGGGUCUAGCCUGGUGACAAGCUAGGAGUCAACAGGGUCUGGAGAUACCCAGGAAGGCUUAGAAAAGUUGCAAAGCUUGGGGAGUGGUCAUGCUGCUUUUGGCUGGAGGCUGAAGGGAUAGAUGUGUUUCCUGAGGGACAGAGUAAGAAGGAAGGGCCUGGAGAGAACCCUGGGAACUCCAUUAAGGGGUUGGGCA